ACCCUCUUUGUUUCAUUGAAAUGUAUAUGGAUGGCCAUAGGAGUUGGACUCUUCAUUGAUUCAGAUCCAUUUUUCAUCUUCUUCUCUUAUAAAAUAAAAUUCUCAACUCUUUUCCUCAACACAUCAACAAAAACCUUAGGUGAAAACUUUGUCAAAAAAAAUGGAUCCCAACAAGAACAAGAACAACAACAUGUCUCCAUCCAAAACAAUCCCCUUUCAAGUCAACCUUAACUCUGAUCAUCAAAACAGACCCAUCAUUCGUGAAUUGGAUUUCUUCUCUCCAAAUAACAACAACAACCAUGCUUCUACUUCUGCACCUCCCAAUCCUUAUAUACAUGAUCAUUACACCCCUUCUCCUCCCUUUGAGAUGAAAGUUAACACAAGUUUGAAUCUUCUUACCACAAACACAAGCAGUGAUCAAUCAGUGGUGGAAGCUGAUAUAUCAACUAGUUCACAAGACAGAAGACCUAACCUUGAGCUGGUUAAUCUUCAAGCUGAGCUUGAGAGAAAGAAGGUGGAGAAUCACCGGCUGAGGAACAUGUUUGAUGAGGCUAAGAUGAAUUACAACACGCUGAAUAUGCAUCUCAUGAGUUUGAUGCAAAAGGGGAAGGUAGAGGAUUGUAAUGAAGAAGAGUUAGAAGAAGAGAAACCAAAUGGGAAUGGUGGAGUUUUGGUUCGAAGACAAUUUAUUGAUCUUGGAUUGGCUAGUAAUGAUUCUGAUGCUGUUGAUGAACCAAGAAGUCAAGAUCAGUCAAAAUCACUUGCGAACAACGUUGAUGAAGGUUCCAAGGAUGAAGAACUCGUGUUUGAUCAUGAGAAGAAUGAAUCUGAUCGGGGAAAUGAUCGAAACGAUAGUCCUUCGAAUCAAGUUUUAGCUGCUAAUAGUAGUCCUCAAAGUAGUGUUGAACAAGCUGAGGCUACCAUGAGGAAAGCUAGGGUUUCUGUUCGAGCUCGAUCGGAAGCUAAUAUGAUCAAUGAUGGGUGUCAAUGGAGAAAAUAUGGACAGAAAAUGGCGAAAGGAAACCCGUGUCCUCGAGCUUAUUAUCGAUGCACCAUGUCUAUAGGUUGUCCAGUGAGAAAACAGGUACAAAGGUGUGCCGAAGAUAAAUCAAUACUAGUAACAACAUACGAAGGAAAUCACAAUCACUGCUUACCGCCAGCAGCAAAGGAAAUGGUACAUCAAACAUCGUCGGCUGCAAGAAUGUUACUCUCGGGUCCAAUGACAAGUCCUGACGGACUAAUGAACCCGAAUUUUCUCACAAGAACAAUGUUUCCUUCUUCUUCAAGCAUUGCAACAAUCUCCGCAUCAGCUCCAUUUCCAACCAUUACAUUGGACUUAACUCAAUCACCAAAUAAUCCAUUACAGUUCCCUAACCCUAACCUCUCAAACCAGUUCCAGUUUCCUUUCCCUCAGACAUUGUUUAAUCAGUCAAGAUUUUCAGGACUGCAAACAUCUCAAGAUCCAGAAACUUCUACGUCUCGACAGAUGUCGCAGAAUCUUGCUGACAAAGUUACUGCUAUUGCAAAAGAUCCUAACUUCACUGUAGCUUUGGCUGCUGCUCUUACUUCCAUUAUUAAGGCAUUUCCGAACAAUGAUGAUAGUACGGUUGAUAAUGGUGACAAUACAACUGCUAAUAACAGUAAUGGCAAUGUUACAUCAAGUAACAAUUCCAAUGAAAGCAAUAUAACCAACAAUCCCAGUUCUUCAGGAAACUAGCUAGCUACCUCACAUAGUGAUAGCUUUUUAUUAGUCUUUCAUUAUUCUUCACAUUUAUUUUUAUUUUUUGGUCUAGUUGUCUAAUAACCAGAAUUUCAUCCUUAAAAGUGAAUAAGAGUUUCGUGAAUUUGAAUU